AUGGCUGCGAAUAUGUACAGAGUCGGCGACUGCGUCUAUUUCGAGACGUCGUCGACGUCUCCGUACCAAAUCCGGCGGAUAGAAGAACUGAACAAGACGGCAUCUGGCAACGUGGAAGCAAAAGUCAUGUGCUUCUACAGGCGGCGGGACCUGCCGAACCCCCUUAUACAGUUAGCUGAUAAGCACCAACUGGCACAGUCGGAAGACUCGCCGGUCGCGAUGAAACUAAAGAAAAUUUGCCUUAAGACGCCUAUAGGCGAGGAACAGGCAGCACAGGCAGUCCUCGACCCAGCGUUAGUGGCGAUGGAGGAGGAAUCUACAGAGUUGCCAGGCACAGACGGUCUGGCGCCUAAACAGCGGCACCAGGCGAAGCAUCGCGAGCUGUUCCUGUCGCGCCACGUGGAGACGCUGCCCGCCACGCACAUCCGAGGCAAAUGCACCGUCACACUCCUCAACGAGACAGAGUCGCUGCUCAGCUAUCUCAAUAAGGAUGACGCAUUUUUUUAUUGUUUAGUAUUUGAUCCUUCACAAAAGACUUUAUUAGCAGAUAAGGGAGAAAUCAGAGUUGGAAGUAGAUAUCAGACUGAAGUAACUAAUUUAUUAAAAGAAGGCGAGGAGGAGCCACGUAACAGUGAGGAUCUGGAGACGCUAGUGUGGACGCCGGAGCACGGGCUGACGGACCGGCAGAUCGACCAGUUCCUGGUGGUGUCGCGCUCGGUGGGCACGUUUGCGCGCGCGCUCGACUGCUCGUCCAGCGUGAAGCAGCCCUCGCUGCACAUGUCGGCCGCCGCCGCCAGCCGAGACAUCACCCUGUUCCACGCGAUGGAUACGCUGCACAAGUCCGGAUACAGCAUAGAGGCGGCGCUGUCGUCGCUGGUGCCUGCGUCAGGCCCCGUGCUGUGCCGCGACGAGAUGGAGGAGUGGUCCGCCUCCGAGGCCAACCUCUUCGAGGAGGCGCUCGACAAGUACGGCAAGGACUUCGCCGACAUACGACAGGACUUUUUGCCAUGGAAGACGCUAAAGAACCUGGUGGAAUACUACUACAUGUGGAAGACGACGGACCGCUAUGUACAACAGAAACGCGUCAAGGCGGUCGAGGCCGAGUCUAAACUGAAACAAGUGUACAUUCCCAAUUACAACAAGCCGAACCCGGCGCUGCUGGCGAGCGGCGCGGGCUGCGCGGGCGGCAAGGCGGCCGUGCUCAACGGCGGCACCAACGCCACCAACGGCACGCCCGCGCCCCUGCCGCACCUCUGCGCCUCCUGCCAAGUUACGAAUUCAAACCAGUGGUAUGCGUGGGGUCCUCAACAUUUACAGUACAGACUUUGUGGCUCUUGCUGGCAGUAUUGGAAAAAAUAUGGAGGACUUAAGACGGCGGGCGUGUUCGGCGAGAGCGAAGCGGAGGCGGUGAAGGGCGCGCGCGACGGCGACGAGACCGCGCUGUCCGCCUCGCACCGCCCGCACCGCUGCACCGUGCUCAACUGCGCCAAGGAGUUCAAGCUGCGCGCGCACCUGGCGCGGCACGUGGCGACGGCGCACGGCGCGGGCGAGGGCGCGCGGCCUGUCAUGAAGACGCGCGCCGCCUUCUACCUGCGCGCCUCGCCCUUCACGCGCCUCGCCCGCCGCCUGGCGCGCGCGCUGCGCCGCCCGCGCCACUACGCGCGCAACCCCUUCGCGCCCAUCAACCUGCACCAGGUCAAGCACGACUGCACGCUCGCGAUGGCGGGGGCGGGCGCGGGGGCGGGUGCAGCGGGCGCGGGCAGCGCGGGGGCGGCGCGCGCGCGCGGGCCGGUGGGCGCGGUGGCGGCGCGGCUGGCGGCGGCGCACGGCUCGGCGGCGCCGCGCGCGCAGGACUGGCUGGCGCUCACGCCGCGCGACCGCAUGCCCGCGCCGCACCACGUCGCCUUCCCCAAGCCGCCCAAGGCGCCAGAUGGCAGCCUAAUGUACGAGCGCGUGGCUUCGCGCGCCGAAAUAGAGGCACGACGCAACGAGCCAGCGCCCGCGCCUCCGCUCAAACGUCGCGCCUACGACGACUUCAAUGGACUCGACAGCGCGGGCGCGGGCGCGGGGGCGGGGCGCGAGGCGGGCGCGCCGCCGCCGGCCAAGCGGCCCAACAAGCACCCGGCGCCCAUGCAGCGGCCGUCGCGCGAGCAGUACGCCGCCAUGUGCGCGCGCGCGCAGGCCACCGGCCAGCCGCUGCCCGCGCACGUCUUCACACACGUAAACGGCAAGCCGACGAACCUGACAGGUCGUGGCGGCCGUCGUCAUGUCAUCUCGUGGAUGGAUGCACCAGAUGACUUAUACUUCAGAGCCACAGACAUCGCCAAGGCGGGCCGGCGGACGCUGAGCAGCGGCGAGCUGAGGCGAGGAGCGCGCGCGCCGUGGCGGCCCAUGCGGGGCGCGGGCGGCGCGGCGGGGGGCGCGGCAGGGGGCGCGCUGCCCGCCGCCGCCGGCAAGGCGGCCGCGGGUGCGCCGCCGCUGCAGCUCGUCAUCCUCGACUGA